GCGGGGAGGAGUGACUCUGCCAGGGAAGGCUCGAACAAAAAAAAUGUCUUCUUCUUCUGCCGGAGAGGUCACGGCAGUGAAUGACAUCAAGAGGGAAAAUGUGAAGGAGGUGAAUAAGCGUGAGAGCAUCAAGCUGGUGGCGCUGGACGCGGCGGAGUUGUCCAUGGAGCGCACGGCUCCCAACGCCGACGCGGUGCGCACGGAGCUGCUGGUGAGCGCCGCUUCCUCCCUGGCUUUCUCCCCGGAGCAAGUGGCGUGCGUAUGCGAGGCGCUGCAGCAGGGGGGCAACGUGGACCGGCUGGCGAGGUUCUUGUGGUCCUUACCCCAAAGCGACCUGCUCCGCGGCAACGAAAGCAUCCUGAAAGCCCAAGCCCUCGUUGCCUUCCAUCAGGCGCGCUAUCAGGAGCUCUACAGUAUUUUGGAGAACCAUAGUUUCAACCCGUCCAACCACACCUUUCUGCAGGAACUGUGGUACAAGGCCCGGUACACGGAGGCAGAGAAGGCGCGCGGGAGACCCUUGGGCGCCGUGGAUAAAUACCGGAUCCGGAGGAAAUACCCUCUCCCCAGGACUAUCUGGGACGGCGAGGAGACGGUUUAUUGUUUCAAGGAAAGGUCGCGGAACGCGCUGAAGGACCUCUACAACCAGAACAGGUACCCGUCUCCAGCCGAGAAGCGGAAUCUGGCCAAGAUAACCGGACUCUCCUUGACCCAAGUCAGCAACUGGUUCAAAAACAGGCGGCAGAGGGACAGAAACCCAUCGGAAGCGCAGUCCAAAAGUGAGUCUGAUGGAAACCACAGCACAGAGGAUGAGUCCAGUAAGGGCCAGGAGGAGCUGUCCCCUCGUCCCCUGUCCAACUCUUCAGACGGAGUGAUAACCCACGGCAGCCUACCGGCUCAGGCUGGACCUCUGGACGGGGGCGUCGUCAUCCAGCAGAUCGGCGACAUCAAGAUGUCAGGAUCCAGCGGCGGUGGCGUCUACAACGGCAGCCUCGCAGCCACUAAUACUUCCUCCACCGUGUUUCACAAUGGCGGCUCAUCCUACCUCCACUCGCCUGGAAACAUCCUGUUCAACGGGCUCAAUCUGGGCAUCCAGCCGCUGGCGUUCAACCCCCUGAGGCCGCCCGGCGGGGUGCUGCUGGGUGGCUCCGCGGGGGACAUGCACAUGCAGACGGGCCAGGAGAAGGGACUGGGCGGCACCGAGGAGUCUGUCCUGCAGUACUCCUCCUACUCGGGCUGUGUGAACGGGUCGGAGGUGAAGCUGGAGGGCGUCCACACAAUGGCGGCCCAGAACGGAGGCUCCUCUGUGCUCACCUUCAGCUCGCCGUCUGCAGCUCUGCAACUGGGUGGCUACAGUCUGGUACCGGUACCGAGCGGAGUCCCUGACAACGACGGCAGCGCGCUGCUCAACAGUGAUGUAGGUCUUCCUCCUCUACAGCUGCCGUCUGCGUCAUCUUCCUCAACAAUUACUCAACAAGGUAACAUGUCUCUGAACAACGCAGUGGUGAGCUCGUCCAGUGAAGACUCCUUCCAGCCGCAGGACAAGCUGACCAUGACGUCUCUGCACCACAACAGCGUCCUCUACAGCCUGAGCAACCAGACCGCCAUCAAGAAGGAGCCUCUGGACGGCGGGAUUUACUCCUCGUACCACACCGGGCUGCACCUGGACCCCAGCGGUCAGAUCAGCUACGCCAGCCCCAACUCGGCCUCCAAUCACGCCGCCGCCAACACCGACGCCACCGUCAGCUCGUCCAGCUCCGAGCCGGAGGUCUACACCACCCUCACCAACAGCACGCCUCUGAUGGCUCCGACGGACCAGGACGCCCAUCACCACCUGCAGCCGGUGGAGUACCUGGGCUCCCACGAGGUGCACCGAGAGGCCGCGCCCUCACACCUGAUGGGCCCCGGGAUGAACAGUGACUACAUGAACCUGGCGGAGAGCAAGGCGGACGGCUCGGAGCCCCGGGGGAUGAACGCCAUGGUGCGGGCGAUGUGCGGGGAGCUGGAAGAGGGGAAGGAGCUAGCCAAACUACAGACUGUGCAGAUGGACGAGAGCAUGUCCGACCUUUAACCUCAGACUUUGAAGCACUCACAUCCACCUGGGCAGUCAUGAUGAAUCUUUUUACUCUUCUGUGUGCGUGUGAGUGUGAGUUUUUAAGCAUUGAUUUCCUUUAAAUUAUUUGCUUUUAUUUUCACUUUUGAAAUGCACUCUAGUCAGAAAGAAUCCGUGUGGGUGAGCUGCUUCGGCCUUUUUACAGAAACGUGAAAAUAAGAGGCUGUGACAUGUUAAAACAACAUUCAUGUGAAGAACUGUGAAGCCUAGUCCACAUGUAGCCGGAUAUCUGGGAAAACAAAUAAAUUUUUACAAGUUAUGCUCCUUCGUCUACACGAAAACUGUUUAAUAUCACUAAAAACUAUUACGUUUCAGAUAUAUAUAUUAAAAAAACCUCCAUAUUUGUGUUAGGUUAGGUUAAUAAUAAGGCAAAUAAUGCGCCAAUGUAUCCACGAACUUGCUUUAACAUAAUUCCCAAACAACAUCGUCUUGUAUUUUAUUAUCUUUAUAUUCUAAUUCGCUAUUUAGAAGUAGUUCAACUUGUAUAUCCGUUCCCACAGUGAACCUCAGGCGCCAUGUUUGACUCCUAAGAGAAAGUAGUUACUGUUUGAAGCGAUUUGAUUGGCUGACCUAGGUUUUAGUUUUGCGCUACACUGCCCCCUAUGGGUUUGGCAUGUUUGAAACAACAUUCAGGGACAAAACCGAUCCCUUGUUUUCAAUAUUAGUUUUUAAACAAUAUGACAGAGAUAUUUACCACGGCAAAGGAGGGUCAUCCUAUAUAGUUAAAAAAAAAGGGUAAGUAAAUUUCAGCAGAAAAACAAGAACAUUCAUUGGCUCUAAACGUUGAAAAUUUGCAAGUGAAAAAACUCUUUUUUGGAUUAAUCUUAUAAAUUUGCCACAAAUUAAAACAAAAUUUACAAGCUCUAAAAGUUUAAAAUUUGCAACAAAAAAUGAAAUUUAGCACAAUCUCAGAAAUCUCCUAGAAAAAAUAAGGACAUGUCUGGAAAUGUAAGUUUGAAAGAAAAACUCAGAAAUUUUUACAUUACACUAAAAAAUUUACCAUAAUAAAACAAGACAAUUUCUGGGCUCUAAAGUUGAACAUUUGCAAGAAAAACCUCUGAAAUUUUGAGAUUAAUCUCAGAAAUUUUCUAGAAAAAUCUUGGAAAUUUCUGUUUCAAAAAUAAAAAAUGUUCAACUUUCGAACCAAAAACGUACCAAAAUGUAUAAUUUUGAAAAUUCCUGAGAACAGACACAAAAUGUCUGAGUUAUUUGUCUGAAAUGUACUCUUUCCUUUCCAAAACAGCCCUUACAGAACAGUAGAUAUUUGUUUCUAACAGACCCGGCUACGUGUGGACCAGGCUUCAGAUUGAAGUAGCCGCUGCUUUGAGUCUGAGCUUCUUUAAAUGAGCAUCUUUAUAGACAGCACCUGCUACUUCCUGUUGAGUGGAUGUGAUCUGCAGAAGCAGGUGCUGGAAUGCCUCGGGUCACGUGACCGGGAUGUUCCUCCAAACCAAAUGCAUCAUGUGGGUCGAACCACAAAGGUCACUGUGGAGGGUGGAGAGGGAGAAACCUACUAGCAGCUUCACUGAAGGACUGGAGGGAAAUGGUGAACAAACACAGAAAAGUUGCUGAUUUAGGAAGAAAAGUGUCCUUGAGGACACAUUUUAAUGUCUCUAAAAGCUUCUCAAGUCCAUACAAAAUGCUGCUUUUGCAUUUCAUAACCUAUUAGAAACCUUGACUGUGGAAGAGUGACGACAAAUGUGCCUUUCGGCGGCUAAAAAUACCCAACAGCUUGUUUCUUGUUUGGCCUUUGCGCUACCACUGUGGCAUUACAAUGUUUGAAACAACCACUGUGCUGGACGGGUUGCCAUGCGUGGCUCGUCCAGAAGAAAUGCUGCAGCCCUGGUUCCUGUUUCCAGUCCCAUCAGCGACUCAUGACACAAACACAGAAGUGAUGACGUCUUUCAUCACUUCAUAACGCUGCAGCUUCAGGUUCCUGCAGAGACGUUUGAGUUCAGUCUUUUCAACCCAAGUGUGCAUAAGUUUGAUAAGCAAAAGAAAAUUAUCUUUCCUACUUUUCCUUACCUCCUACCUAGCUUCCUUCACUGUGUCCUUUCUUUUUCUUCCCUGCAUCCUUCAUUGGUGUUUUUCAUGUUUUCUUUCAUCUUUGUGUCCUACAUCUUUCUUUCCUUCCUUAUCUUCUACCUAACACCUUCUAUUGUGUCCUUCCUUACUUCCUUGCAUCGUUUCUUGGUCGUCCUUCCUUCCUUCUGCCCUUCUCCGUUUCCUAGCUAACAUCCUCGAUUGUGUCCCUUCUUUAUUUCGUUGUGUCUUUCACUGGUGUCGAUCAUGUUGGGUUUUUAUUCCUCCUUCCUUGUCUCCUUUCUAGUUUAUUUAAUUGUCUUUCUCUUCUUUCCUUCCUUCUUUGCUCCCUUGUUUCCUAAGUUGCUCUAUUCUUUGUGUCCUUUUGUUAUUUCCUUCAUUGUUUUCCUUCCUUCCUUCAGUCCUAAGUAACUUCCUUGUGUUCUUUAUUUCCUUCACUGGUCUCUUUUGUGUUUUCCAUCUGUCCUACAAUCUUCCUUCCUUCUUUCCUUUCUCCUUCCUUUCAUUUGUGUCAUUUUUACUUCCUUGCACCUUUUAUUGGUUUCUUUACUGUUUUCUUUCUGAUUCUUCCACCCUUGUAUCCUUAAUUCUUCCUUCAUUCUCUCCUUUCUUUCAUUAUGUCCUUGUUUUUGUAUUCAAAGCUUAUCCACUGUAGAAAGUAAAUCCAAAGUCACUCUUUUGUGUUUUAUAUUUUAAAAUGAACAUAAAAGGCUGAGUUUGGAAAAUUCCUGAAUUUCUACAUGAAAUAUGUAGGAACCCGAGGAGUUAAUUUAAAAUAAAUCCAGGCAGAAACGUCUUCAGUAUGAAAAAAAUGGUUGAAAUCAUUUAUCUUUGCACAGCAUCAAACUAUUUCAUUAAUAUCAGUGCCUUUCAACAUUUGCUGUGAGGGAUUCAGUCAAAGUGGAGCAGAAAUGAGCUUCAGAGGUCUGCAGCCUGUGUCUGAAGGUUUCCUUAAAGGAGACCUAUAAUGCAAAAUUCACGUUUUGGUCGUUUUUAAUGCUUCCAUUUGGGUCUCCACUGCUUCUGAAAACAGCCCAAACAUUGAAAAAAACAAUUUCUGACAAGAAGUUAAUGUUUUUUGGUGUCUGGAAAGUGAGCCAUUUCGAAAAGUCACAUUUUAUAGGCAUUACACUGUUACCUAGCAACCCAUGUGGAGCUCCAGCAUGUUUGGUCAGCUGGUUUUACCUCUGUAUCUACUGCACAAUGGCUGCCAGAAAAAAAACAAGUGUUUUGUUGUUGAUUUACCGUCUAGAAACCAUUUGCUGCAUUCUUGUUGAACUUGCAGAAGGCUCCACUUCUGCUUUUCAAAGAUGUACGGUUGUAUAAUUGUGCAUCUGUUGGCAGCCAUUUUCGAGUGUAAAGUUAGGGGGCGUGGCCAGCAGCCGCUUAUUUGGGUUGAAAGUGACAGAGAUGCUAAAACAGCUCAAAAUGGACUAAAAUCUCAUCAUCUAAGAAUGAUUUUGUGCAGAAAAUGUGACAGUCACGUUUUGGUUCAGCCCAUCCUAACCUGUUCCUGGAAGCAUAAUAGGUGACCUUUAACUGAAGGCGCGCCGAGGCCAUUUGUCCAGCAGUUUUCCCAACAGGUUCUUACAUUAACACAUUUCAGCCUUACAGCCAAGUCAUCACGUUUUCAUGCCUUCCUGUCUUCAGGAUGUUUGAGCAGACCUUUCAGUGAAAGUAUCCUCAGUGCUUUAAUGGUAUAAACCAAAAAUUAUGAGCAAAAAGUCUUUUUUUUUUGUUUUUGUUUGUUUUUUUAUCUUAGCUUGAAUUUUAUGCUUGUCAUCUGAAAUUAUGUGAAUGUAUUUUUCUAAAUCUACGUACUGCAA